AGGACAACUACCAGAAUUUAGCAAUAGAAUUAUCUGAUUUACGUAUGAAAUACAAUCAGGAGGACAACGAAAUACUUACCGGUGUUAAUUUAGAUUUUAGCAACAAAAGUGACAAAUUAAAGAAUGAAAACGCAGAACUAAAAAAAGCAUUUAGUCAAAGCCAAAGUUCUGUAUCAUCAUUUAGUGCAUUAAAUAACUCUUCUAAUUCUGAUAAUAAGCGAUUGAUAAAACAUCUUAAAUUUGAUAAAAAAUCAAAGAAAGGAAAAAACUGUUACGUUACGCUAAUGAUAAGGAUUAUGUAUCAUCGAAAAGUAUCAGCUCGAUGGAAAAACCUGAAGAAAUAA